CUCAGUCGGUAAACUCUGAUUUGUCUGGAGCAACGAUCUGCCAUCAGUUAGGGUGCAGAAGUGGAAAGGGUUUGAUGCAAGCUAUUGUAGGGAAGGAUAAGCCAACAGUGUUUUAUGUUAAACAGCUAAUGUAAGUGUGGCAGGAGACGCCAUGGGAAGGCCAGUGAUGCUGAUCUCUCUGAUGCUGUUUGCUGCGAUGGUGAUGGUGACAGAAGAGAUAAACUGUGUGUGCAAUGGCAAGUCAAGGUGUCACUGUAAAGGAGUAAAAGGCAACAGGGGAGAAAGGGGAUUUCCAGGCGUUCCAGGUCCUCAAGGAGUGGUGGGCCGCGCAGGUCCUGAGGGCCAUGCUGGACCAAUGGGACAAAAGGGCAACACUGGGCCCGACGGACCCAUGGGAGCAAAGGGCGAUUGGGGACCAAGAGGCAAAGAAGGAUUUGCUGGUUCUCAUGGCUUACCAGGUAUCCCAGGCUUGCAGGGGCCUCCAGGACCUCCAGGUUACCCAGGUUGCAAUGGGACAGAUGGAGAAGACGGAUUUGCUGGGUAUCCAGGCAGCACUGGAAUGGAUGGACUGCCUGGUCCACGUGGUGAGCCCGGCCCUAAGGGUGACCCUUUGUCAUCAGGUCAUUCAAACCCAGGACAAAGAGGACCACCAGGGAUACACGGAUAUCAAGGUCGUCCAGGUGCCCCAGGAGAGAAUGGGCUUCCUGGAAGCGCUGGACCAAGAGGAUAUGAUGGCCCCCCAGGUCGUUCAGGAGUUCCGGGAUCGAAGGGUCAGGAGGGCUUAGCAGGUGUCCGUGGAUCUCAAGGACCAAAGGGGAGACAAGGCCCACGAGGGCCACCUGGACCACCAGGCAGGAUUAAGGAGUUUUUAACUGGGAGUUUGGAAAUAAAGGGAGUAAAGGGAGACAAAGGGAAUGUGGGAGACAAAGGCUGCAGGGGUGAGACGGGGAAACCUGGUUAUGGCUUCUACGAAAAGGGAGCAAAGGGAGACCGAGGACAGCCGGGUCCAGAGGGAAAACCAGGGAAGGAUGGUGAUCCUGGACUGCCUGGACUUACGGGAAGGCCUGGCCCCAAAGGUGAUCCAGGAUUUCCAGGAGCACCAGGAAAUAGGGGUGAAAAGGGAAUCAGGGGCCCUCUCGGUCCACCAGGAGAUAUAUUUUUUCCAGAGCAACUCAAAGGAUAUGCUGGGGAUCCUGGUUUUCCAGGUCGUCCUGGGCUUCCUGGGCAUGAAGGUGUUGUAGGUUUUCCUGGACCUGCUGGAUCACCAGGUGACACAUUUGAGAAUUUUGUGCCAGGCCCACGUGGUCCACUUGGUUUACCAGGACCCAAAGGAGAACCUGGGGAUCCAGGGGGUUACCUAACAGGCCCCCGAGGUCCAGAUGGAGAUCAUGGUAAUCAAGGGCUACCUGGGGAACAGGGCCCACCAGGACCCCCGGAAGACAGAACUAACAGAGUUACUAAGGGUCUCCCUGGAAUGAAAGGAGCAAAAGGCUUUCCUGGAUACAUGGGACAUGAUGGGAAUUUUGGAAAGAAAGGAGAAAAGGGGGAACCCUGUUAUGAGUGUGGUGGAGAAGGAUCCCUUGGUCCGCCGGGUCCUCGAGGUCCACCUGGCCCACCUGGUGCUAAUCUAGGACCAGGUGAAAGGGGGGAUCCAGGCUUCCCAGGACCCACGGGGCUACUUGGACAACCUGGUCUUGUUGGUCCAAGAGGAUUGCCAGGUCCUCCAGGACAGAAAGGAGACUCAUACUCCUAUGAAUCUUCUGGUGUAAAGGGAGAAAAAGGAGACCCAGGACAACCUGGAAGACCUGGUGCAGGAGGUUCUCCUGGGUCUGCUGGAAUACCAGGUCGAAAAGGCCCUCAGGGGCUUCCCGGGGAUUCUUAUUUUCUGCCUGGUGUAGAAGGAAAGCCUGGAUUCCCUGGUCUACCAGGGCCUUCAGGUAAACAAGGACCAGGUGGCUACCCUGGACCAGUGGGUUAUGGACCUCCUGGACCUCCGGGUAUUAAAGGAGACACUGGUGUACCUGGCCUACCAGGACAACCUGGAAUUCCAGGCCAAAAAGGAGAACCAAGUUAUUUUCAUUCUCAAGGACCUCCAGGACCACCUGGAUUAAAAGGUCUGACUGGCCCACCAGGAAAUCCAGGAUACCAAGGCACAAAAGGUAGCCCAGGAGCGCCAGGCACUCCCGGGCCAAAAGGUGAAAGGGGUUAUGUGUCAUUCUCGGGAAGGCCGGGAAUCCAAGGACUUAAAGGCGAUAAGGGACUGCCAGGUCCCCCUGGCACUCCAGGUAGGGGAUUCACUGGACGGCCUGGUCUUCAAGGCCCUGCUGGUCCUCCAGGGGAGAAGGGUGAUAGUGGUCCUGGACAACCCGGCCUUCCAGGUCUUCCAGGACUUCCAGGUGAGGAUGGAGCUCCGGGGCCAGCAGGGGAUCCUGGAAUACCUGGCUUUCCUGGGCAACCAGGACUCAUUGGAAAAGCUGGUUUUCCAGGAGAAAAAGGAACAAAAGGUUCUGAGGGCCCUCCGGGGCUUCCAGGCAGCAAAGAUUUAUGUAAAGGUUUACCGGGACCACAGGGAAAACCAGGGGUGGAUGGUUAUGCUGGACAUCCAGGACCUAAUGGCUUUCCCGGUGAAAAAGGAAAUUUAGGUUCACCUGGGUUUGGUCAUAAUGGCCCCACUGGGGAACCUGGGCCUCCUGGGUUAUCACAACCAGGCUCAGAUGGACCACCUGGACCAAAAGGAGCAAAAGGACUAAAUGGUUGGCCAGGUGAACAAGGAUUAAGAGGAGUCCCUGGACCUGAUGGGGUAUCUAGGCCAGGACCAGAUGGAAUACCUGGAAAUCCAGGACAAGAUGGACCAAGAGGAGACCCAGGCCCAGAUGGAGCUACAGGUUUCCAAGGACCACCAGGCAUGCAUGGAGACCCAGGCCCAACAGGCCCUCCGGGACCCCCACCCCCACCUCAAAACUUGACUGGACCUCCAGGGGACCCUGGAGAACCAGGACAACCUGGUCAGCACGGUCCUUAUGGUGAUCCUGGGAGAGCUGGAGCAAAGGGUUACAGAGGAAGUACUGGUCCACCAGGAGGUCCAGGACACAGAGGUCCUCCAGGUGACCCAGGUAUUGAUGGGCCAGUGAUGUCCCAAGGGAUUCCAGGCCCUCCAGGAGCCCCAGGAGACCCAGGACACAGAGGUCAUCCAGGGGCAACAGGAAUGAAGGGAGAUACAGGAGUCCCUGGGAGACAAGGAGCUAAUGGUGCCCCAGGUCCAACUGGUUGGAAAGGACCUGCUGGUGAGCCAAAUUAUGGAUUUGGACCAUCUGGAUCGAAAGGACAGAAGGGUGAACCAGGCAUAAGCAGUGCUGUCGUGCUGAAAGGUCAAAAAGGAGAAGCUGGUAUUGAAGGUCCAAGAGGUCUAGAUGGAAUUCGUGGAGCCAAGGGAAACCCAGGAGUUGUUGGAGAGAAUGGUCCCCCAGGCCUUCCAGGUCCAGAAGGUAGUGCUGGUUUUCCAGGAAUAAAAGGAUACAUGGGACCUAAUGGAAUGCCAGGCAGUCCAGGCCCACCGGGUAAAAAUGGAGAGCCUGGUCAUAAAGGAAACCAGGGUUCUGACGGUUUUCCUGGGCCACCAGGGCAGAAAGGGGAAACUGCCAUAAUAGCAGGCCGGCCAGGGAAACCUGGUGAUCCAGGUCAGCCGGGUCCUCCAGGGGACACUGGAUAUCCUCGCUUGCCUGCAGCUGGACGUCCUGGGCGAAUAGGAGACAGAGGUCCAACAGGUCUACCAGGCAUCCAAGGUGAAAGAGGACAGCCAGGAAGGGAAGGAACUUGUGCUCCGGGGCCCAAAGGAGAUCGUGGAUUAUCUGGCAACCCUGGGAGUAGCGGCUAUCCUGGCCCACCAGGACCUCCAGGCCCCACGGCAUAUGGGUCCAAAGGAGACAGAGGAGAUCCAGGUCAUUUGGGUAUCCCUGGUUAUUGUGGACCACCAGGAGAUCCAGGCUUUCAAGGGCCACCUGGUCCAAUAGGUUUACCCGGAGGCCCAGGAUCAAGAGGCGAUCCAGGCCCUUCUGGAGAACAUGGCCCCCCUGGUGACGUUGGAGAUCCUGGAUACAUCCCAGGUUCGCCUGGUCGACAUGGGCCCAAAGGUUUUCCUGGAUCCCCAGGCAUCAAAGGUCAACCAACAUAUAGAAGGGUAAUCUAUGAACCAGGAGAUCCUGGUCCACGUGGUUCUCCAGGUAAUCCAGGAUUCCCAGGGGUUACUGGACUACCAGGACCAACAGGACCUCCAGGAGCGCCUGGCAUCAGAGGAGCACGUGGAGGAAGCCCACUGGGCCCUCCAGGAUUUACUGGCUACAAAGGGGACAAAGGAAAGGCAGGACUGCCAGGUCCAGAGGGAAGGCCUGGAUACCCAGGCCAUAAGGGUCUUAGAGGUUUGCCUGGCAGAGCCAUUACAGGUUACACUGACAGUUUCCUGGUAGUCAGGCACAGUCAGAGCACUCAGGUCCCUGAUUGCCCUACUGGUACCAGCCUCAUGUACACUGGUUACUCCUUCCUCUUCAUCAAUGGAAAUGAGAGAGCUCAUGGUCAAGACCUUGGCACCACAGGGAGCUGUCUCCCUCGUUUUUCCACAAUGCCUUUUGUGUUCUGUGACACGGAGCACACCUGUCGUUAUGCUUCUCGUAACGACUACUCCUACUGGCUGUCAACUGAUGAGCCAAUGCCGGCAAACAUGGUUGCCAUCACAGCUGACAGACUGGCCUCCUACAUCAGUAGGUGCUCAGUGUGUGAAACCACCUCAAAUGUCAUAGCCAUUCACAGUCAGAAAACUCUGAUACCUGUAUGUCCAAGAGGUUGGGAGUCAAUGUGGACUGGAUACUCAUUUGUCAUGCAAACUGGUGCUGGGGCGGAAGGAUCUUCUCAACCCCUGAUUUCCCCCGGAUCAUGCAUGGAACAUUUCCGCCAAGUGCCUUUUAUUGAGUGCCAUGGCAGAGGGACCUGUAACUACUACCCUGAUUCCUACAGCUACUGGUUGGCCUCUCUUGACCCCAGUAACAUUUUCAGUAAACCAUCUCCGCAGACAGUGAAGGGAACUUUUCUACAAAGUGUCAUCAGCCGCUGUCGUGUCUGCAGAAAGCUGUGAAAGAGAGGGACAGGUGAUCGACUUUAGCAACAGUAUUUACAAACAAGUUAUUUUGAUGCAAGAACUUUAGUAGUCUUUUUUAAAUGUACAUACUUGUGUUAGGUAAUAUGGCCUUGUAGUGAUGCAGAUGUGAGGAAAACAUCCCAACAGAUGUAUAAGGGCAUCAUUAUUUUAUUAAUGACAAGUUGUUUUUAAUUGUUAUUCUUGUAAUUUAAAUUUUAAUCUAAAGUCUUGUUGUCUCUUUUUUUCAAGCUUUCUUCUCUUGCUCAUAUUUAAAGAAAACUGAUUGUGACCAACCAAAGUUAAAUUGUGAAAAUGUACAGCUUUUAUUAAUUAAAGACCCAUCACUGCUCUUCAAAUGCUGUUUGAGUUUAUUUGACUAUACUUCUUGUGUAUUGAAAUGACUAGAUUACUUAGAAACAAUAACCCAUUACAUCACCAACAUAUCUCUGAUACCUUGAGCCAGUAAAAUCUAUGACGUCCAUAACAGUAGGUAACCAUAAAUUAUGCUGAUUUUCCUCUAACAUCUGUCUGUGAUGGAUUAAAAAGUGUUAUUUUGUUACUUC